GGUUCUCAACCUUAUUCGCUUUCUAAGCAUGAUCCACAAAUUGCAAGAGGGGAUCUCUGCCAUUCUGGCGGCUGCUGGAAUGGACGAAGCGAGUUUCAAAGUGCUUUUGUGUACUCUUUUAUCUUUCCCGUUCAGCUGGGUAUUCAAAAGAUUACCUGACCACCGCUACACAUUAAAGAACUCGUACGUGAUCGGUGUGUCCUCUUUCUACAUCUUCGGAAUUCUUGAUCUUCGUUCGGGAAUAUACACGCUUUUGCUUUCCAGUUCAGUUUGCUACUUCAUCACCCGGUAUAUGAGAACAAACCUGAUGCCAUGGAUAAAUUUCCUAUUCUUGAUGUCCCACUUGGCGUAUAGCCACUUUAGUACGCAAUUCUUUAGGUCUUAUGACAGCACUGUGAUUGAUAUAACCGGGGCUCAGAUGGUCAUGGUGAUGAAAUUGUCUGCGUUUGGCUGGAAUGUUCAUGACGGAAAGCAGAAGAAAGCUCCUUCUGCGUAUACUCAAUCGAGGGCAAUCAAGAAACACCCGAACCUUCUCCCAUAUUUCGGGUAUGUGUUUUUCUACCCGUCUUUGUUGACCGGACCUGCUUUUGAUUACAUUGACUAUGACAAAUUUAUACACGGCUCUUUGUUUGAUGAUGUUCCAGAGCAAAAGCGCCCAGGAAAACUGAAGAGAAGAAUUCCCAGAAGCGGCCUCCAGGCUCUCAGUAAAACAAUGCAAGGUUUUUUCUGGGCUGUGUUAUAUUUACAAGCACCCAAAUGGGUCACAUUGGAACAUGUUUUCAGUCAGGAAUUCAUAACAGAGCAUGGCUUCAUUUACAGAAUUUUUUAUUUGUGGGUGCUUGGGAUUUCACAUAGACUCAAAUACUACACUAUCUGGCAGAUUGCAGAAGGCGCGUGUAUCUUAUGUGGAAUUGGCUAUAAUGGAUACGAUGAAAAAACAAAGACUUUCAAAUGGAACAGAGUUCAGAAUAUUGACCCCUGGAGCUUCGAGACUGGACAAAAUGUUUACAGAUGUCUUGAAGUAUGGAAUAUGAACACAAACAAAUGGUUGAAACACUACGUUUACACAAGAAUUGCUAGGCCGGGGAAAAAACCGGGUUUCAAAAGCACGCUAUUCACUUUUGCAACUAGUGCUUUUUGGCAUGGAACGAGGCCUGGCUAUUAUUUAACCUUUGUCCUUGGAGCUUUCAUUCAAACAAUUGGAAAGAUUUUCCGCCGGAACUUCCGCCCGAUUUUUAUGGAAGCAGACGGCAAAACGCCCAAGUCAUCCAAGAAGAUUUACGAUUUCGUGUGCUACGUCGUGACUCAGUUGACAUUUGGAUUUGUGUGCCAGCCAUUUGUUAUUUUGGACUUCCAAAAGUCGUUAUACUGUUGGUGGACAGUGUAUUUUUACAUUCCUGUUGGAAUUUUUCUUUCUUUGGUUGUUUUCAAGGGCCCUUAUAAACAAAAAGCCGAGGCUUUUUGUCGCUCGAAAGCACCGCAACUACAGCCCGCUACCACUAUGCCCAACUUGAAUAGACAAGAGUCUCAAAGGGUGGCACAGGCUGUGGAAAAAGCAUUGUCGGAAAGAUACGAUUCUGUUGUUUUUGGAGUGCCUCCAAUAGACGUAUUAGAGGGAGCAACCAAGGAGGAUUUCCAAGAGGAAGUCAAAGAGAUGUCAGAUGCUUGGCAAUCAUUCCGUGGUCGUAGAGGCUCGUUCAGCGAUGACAUGGAUGGCUUGAAAGAUGCAUACACCAAUUUUACCGAUGAAAUCAACGAGAUUCUCCAAACUAAAAAAGCAGAGUUUCACGACAACAAACAAAAGCUGGAUUAAAUUGCUUACUUGCACUAUCCUGAGCUCAACGGUUCAGUUCGUGUCCGCUCAGAAAUCAGGACUCCUAAUAUCCUAUCUGAAUAUGGUUUCUUGGUGAUGAAGUUUCUGCGCGGUGAUUUUGCAGAUAUGCUUACAUCAUCGAAUACGGCCCGCUCUCUGGGCUAGAUCCGGCACCGGAGUUAUGACGCCACACGCGUAGACUCACCAUCACAGUGGCUUUUGGAAUACAAGAAAGUUGUUGGCCUCCCGUAUAUUUCCCUGUUUCUCUUGUGUAUUCGUCUACAUCAGCAACAGCGUCCUCAAAGACAUCCGACGUCUUAGGUGCACUUUUUGCAUAAUGUGUUCAACUUGUGGCGCAUGCUUCCAUGAGUAAAGCGAUCCAUGCGUCACAAACCUUGCUUUCGCCACGCUGCAGCUCGCGCGUCUCAGGUCUAUAUAUGUAGCUCGCAUCUUCCACAAUCGAUGUAUGCUUAUUGAUAAUAUCAUUUUUGU